AUGAAAGAAAAAGACCCGAUGAAAGAUUCCGAAUCAGAUGGAUUAACGACUACAAUGACAAACACUUUAAAUUUCGGAGCAAUUUCAAUUUAUUUAGAAUUCUUUUCGAAAUGUUUUGACGGGUUGGGAUGUGUUAAGGUUGAUGAAUCAUGGUAUGACAAGAAAAUCAGACCCGUUAAUCUGAAACCAUUUGAACGUGAAAUAAUAAAUACAGAGUUUAUUCUCGUAAUGAGAAAUAGCACACACAAAAACAAGAAUGAAAUAUAUUAUCAAGUAUUAACGACCGACGGAAUGGCGUUGCAAAACGCUGGUUAUAUUCAAGGAAAGUUUUUAUUUAUAUUACUGCAUGAUUUUACUAGUAAUGGGUAUACAGGAUGGAUUAAACAUAUAACCAAAGUGCUGAAAUCCCGCACCGUAGAAUGCAACGUUAUUUCUGUGGACUGGCAUGCAGGUAGUGAGCCUCCCUACGAUCAGGCAAUUGCCAAUGCAAGAGUGGUCGCUUUGGAAGUUACACAUUUCUUGAAGUUUUUAAGAGAAAGCCAUAAUGUGACUUUGGAGCAGGUUCAUUUGAUUGGUCACGGUGUUGGGGCACAUAUAGCUGGAUAUGUCGGACAUGAACUAAAAGUGAAGAAAAUAUCAGGUUUAGAUCCAAGUGGUCCAAGGUUCGAUGGAAUGCCAGCUCAAGUUAAACUGGAUGCCACAGAUGCUGAUUAUGUUGAAGUAUUGCAUACAGAUGUCGGGGCGCGUUGUUCAACCAAACAAUCCGAUGUACUAUCUCUGACUAGAUCCGGACUUAACAAGGGAGAGAUUAUCCCAGGAUGUAGUCAUAAGAGGGCGUUCAAGUACUACAUCGAAUCUUUGGAAAUCGAAGAUUGCACUUUUUUGGGGAUCAAAUGUGGGAGCUAUCUUGAAUUUAAACAAGGAAAAUGUACUGAUUGUGGUGAAAACUGUAGAACAUUUGGAUUGGUGACUUACUCGAAACGGAAUAACGGAUCAUACUUUUUGCAAACUAACUCAAAAAAGCCCUACUGCUUAUUCCAAUACAGAGUAAAUGUCCACAUAGGUGCUAAAAAACCUGAUUAUUUUGGAUCAUUUGAGUUUUUUCUCAUGGACCAAAAUUAUCGUUCGACCAAAUCAUCUAUGUUAGAGCACAGAGGCUUCAAGCCAGGAAAAGAAAACAGUUUUGUUUUUUACGCCACUGUACCGGAAAUGGGCAAAAUUGUAAAUGCCAAAGUAGGAUGGAUUGAAGGCUCCAGAGUAGGAUGGAGUGAAGGCAAAAUAUCAUUGUGUUUAAUCAAUUGCAAACGCGUUAUCGAUGUUGAAAGAUUAACAAUUCAAAGUAUUAAUAGUAACACAAUAUAUGCACAAGAAGUUGCUCUAUGUCCCGACGAAGGUAUAACCGAAAUUCAAAGUGGUGAUUUUCAAGAAUUUUCUGUGUGUUAAUUAAAAAAAAAAAAAAAAAUUAGGUAAAUUAUAUAUUUAUAUAUACACUUGCUUUUAUAUGGUAUUAAAUAUGAACUAUUGAUGG